ACAUAUAUACAUACACACACGUGUGUGUUUACAUAUAUAACACACACGCACAUGUAUUAAAGUUCGAGCAAGUUCGAAUUUAAUUUGCAUAUUUGCAACUUUCGAGACCAAAAAUAUCUGAAAGGAAACACUCAGCGGCUUCUUGAGGCAUGGUUCGGCUCCACUGAGAUUUGGGAUGGCCCUCAGCUUAUCUUGCUGUGCUUCGCUCCAGUCAAGUAUUCAAUCUGCUCAGCUGAAUAUAAGCAGCAAAAGAGAAGGCCUAGGACAGGUGAAAAGCCUCGUAGCCAGAACUGGGAUUCCUUCAAUAAUCACCUCUCCGCAUGAAUCUCUACAAAAAGGCAACUGGGUCAAGCUUAUUUGUGGUGCUAGUUUUGAGGAUGUUGCUGAUAUCAGGAAUCUUUCGUUGGUGUACACUCUUGCUGGUGUUGAUUGCAUUGACUGUGCUGCUGAAGCAUCUGUAGUGAGUGCUGUGAAUGAAGGAAUUGAAGCUGCUCGUGCUAUUUUCCCCAUUCGCAGGCCUUGGAUUAUGGUCAGUGUCAAUGACAAUGAAGAUCUUCAUUUCCGUAAAGCCGAAUUUGAUCCGGAUGAUUGUCCCCUUGAUUGCUCAAGACCGUGUGAGAUUGUAUGUCCAGCUAAUGCAAUACUUGGAGAAAGUACACCUAGUGGACUCAAGGGUGGGGUCCUGGCUGAUCGCUGCUAUGGCUGUGGCCGCUGCAUUCCUGUUUGUCCCUUUGAUAGAAUAAGAGCAAUUACAUACAUACGAGACGUUACCACAACAGUUGAACUUCUCAAAAGAGAUGACGUUGAUGCCAUAGAGAUUCAUACAAAUGGAAGGCAGGCAAGUGCAUUUGAAGAACUUUGGAAUGGAUUGGGAGAUUCAAUUAAUCACUUGAGACUAGUGGCAGUUAGUAUGCCCGAUAUCAAGGAUCUAACUAUUGCUGCAAUGAGCACUUUGUAUUCUAUAAUGGAACCCAACCUGCAUUGCAUCAACUUAUGGCAGUUGGAUGGUCGUCCCAUGAGUGGAGACAUCGGAAGAGGAGCCACGAGGGAAGCAAUUGCUUUUGCUCUCCGUUUAGUCUCUGCUAGUGACAGGCCCAAAGGUUUUCUUCAACUAGCUGGUGGUACCAAUGCUCACACUGUAGAUGGGCUGAAAAGAGAGAGAUUGUUCCAAACAACAACCAUACCUGAAAUUCUUUUGCAGAGAUAUCUGAAGGUAAAAAGAUGCCUCCAGUACCAUCUAGUUCACAAAAUGCUUUGAUUGGAGGGGUAGCUUUUGGAGGCUACGCAAGAAAGGUGGUUGGAAGGGUUUUGACAUCUAUGCAGUCUAAUCAUACGCAUGCUUAUAUUGAGGACUGUCCUGAACAUCUGUUGAAGGCACUUGAGGAAUCACUUGCCUUGGUUGGAACUGUUAAAGCCUAUGGCACCAAUUGAUCCUGGAUAAAGCUAGAAUGUCAAGGUCUCCACUCUCCUGUAUCAAUCGCAGAAGGAAUGCUAGGUAGCAAGCAGGCCCUAGACAAAUCUCGCAAUGCACCCGCGGGAAACGAGAGGCAAUUAGUAUUGAUUAAAAAGCUUUUUACAGUUGCGAGCAACCAAGAAGUCGUUCGUUGUUCGUUUUCUUUAACUCUGGAUUUAAAGUGUCGCAUCAUAACACACAAACACCGUGCGAUUUUUUUUUUUUUAUAAUUGUGCUUGGGCCUUGUCUCGCCCGAAAGGAAGUGUAGUGCAGACACGUUCGAUUUGAAGUUUUUAUGACUGGCAAUUGGAGGGGUGCGCCAGGCCGAGGCUGCAGUGCAAAGCCCAGGCGACGCUCGAGGGCCCCGGCAGCAAGCUACCGUAGUGGGCUCUCCCCCUAUAAAAAUUGAGUUAAUAUCGUGUGGGCCGAUGGCCCACGUAUCAGAUAUUAAACUGAUAAGAACAGAUACUACACUUGAUCUUAGCCAAAAGGCCGAGAAAGGUAUGCUUGUUACGAGGCUGGCUCGCUGCUUUUAUACUUCUCCAAGCUCACGCGACGCCCUUUGCUGCUCCGAUGUGGGAUCUCUUCGAUAACCGCCUUUUCUUCUUCUUUGCUCUUUACAACCAAAACCAUGGGCACAGGCAGAUUCUUUUUAGCUCCGCCUCUAUCAGACUAAUACUACGUGAAGAUCAUCUUGAUGGGUAAAAAUGGUCCUUUCAAUUUGAUUUUGUAUUGAAUAGUAGCUGGAUCCGUUUGCACAUAUUGGGGUGCUUAUCAUGCUGCGAAAAGUGUAUAAGUUCUAGGCAUCCCUGAAAGAUUUUGCUCUGUGUCCAACAAACAGACAAUUGGACAUUAUGUCACAAAGAAUUUUGGUUUUCAAUGAAACAACUGAACUAGAUGCUUAAAA